AUGACAGCCCACAAGCCUGGAGCGGCCAGUGUGGCUCUCCAGAUGACAGACACCCACCCACUGCCCAGAUCAGAGGGCUGCAACCCUGAAGCUCCCUACCAGGCUUUUGGCUGCAGCAUCUUCCCCUCCAGCAUGGCCCCUGUGGCUAAGCAAGUCAGCGCUGCUCUGCAGAUGGAGGAGAUGGGGGACACCAGCCACCCACUGCUCUUCAUCCAGCUCAACCAGCUCCUCAGUACCCCAGCAGGGCUGGAGUGGAGAGAGACAGCCAGAUGGAUAAAGUUCGAGGAGAAGGUGGAGGAUGGUGGGGAGCGGUGGAGUGCACCCCAUAUCCCAGUCCUCCCCCUGCACAGCCUCUUCCAGCUGAGAACAUGCCUGCAGGAGGGGAAAAUGCUCCUGGAUCUGGAAGCCCCAACUUUCAAGGAAAUAAUUGACAAGGUACUUUCCGGGCAGCCCGAAGAAACAGAGCUGCAGCCUGAGCUGAGGGAGCGCCUGGCAGACCUCCUGCUCCGCCAGCCACGGCAUCAGCCCACCAAAUCCCUUCUGUGGCUCAUCCAUGAGCUUAUCCUCUCUCCCUGCCGAGGGAAGGCCAAAAGCUGGUCUGAGCCUGGAGCCCAGCUCUCCAAAACACCUCUUAAGGAGCAGCUGAGAAACCAAUUUAAGAAGAAGGUCCCACCGGGGGCUGAGGUAGCCCAUGUUGUUGUUGGUGAAGUUGAAUUCCUGGAGAAGCCCUUCACCGCCUUCAUCCGCCUCAGACAAGGGGUGGGUCUCGGCUCGCUGGCCGAAGUUGCUCUCCCCAGCAGGUUCCUCUUCAUUCUUUUGGGUCCCCAAACCAAAGUGAAAGCCUACCAUGAGGUUGGCAGAGCCAUGGCCACGCUGCUGAUGGAUGAGCUCUUCCAAAGGGUUGCCCAGCAGGCUGAGCACCGAGAGGACCUCAUUGCAGGGAUGGAGGCAUUCUUGGAUGAGUUGACUGUGCUUCCUCCCAGGAAAUGGGACCCCAGCACCAGAAUUCCUCCACCGAGCUGUCUGCCAUCUCCAUACAGGAGGACCACCGUGCACCCACCAGACUGGCAGUCUCAUAGCAAUGGGGACAUGGCAGCAGCUGGGGACAGAACUGGCCUGGGGGACCUAUGUCCCAGGGAGGAGCUGGAGAGGACAGGCAGGCUUUUUGGGGGGCUGCUGCAAGACAUCCGGAGGAAGGCGCCAUGGUAUGGCAGUGACUUCACUGAUGCACUUCAUCCCCAGUGCCUCUCAGCAGUGCUCUACAUCUACCUGGCAACUGUCACCAAUGCCAUCACCUUCGGGGGCAUGCUGGGGGACGCGACUGCCAACAUGCAGGGGGUGCUGGAGAGCUUCCUGGGUACAGCCUUUGCUGGCUCCAUUUUCUGCCUCUUUUCUGGCCAGCCCCUGACCAUCCUCAGCAGCACCGGCCCUGUGCUGGUAUUCGAGCGCCUCCUCUUCUCCUUCAGCCGGGACCACAGCCUGGACUACCUGGAGUUUCGCCUCUGGAUUGGGCUCUGGGUGGCCUUUUUUGGUGUGGUCUUGGUGGCCACCGAGGCCAGCCAUCUGGUGCAGUACUUCACCCGUUUCACCGAGGAAGGCUUCUGUGCUCUCAUCAGCUUGAUAUUCAUCUAUGACUCCCUGAAGAAGAUGCUGAGCCUGGCAGAUGCCUUCCCCAUCAACUGGCAGUACCGGCUGGACAACGUUACCUUCUACAGCUGUGUCUGCAACUUGUCCAUCCCUGGUCACAGCUCUGCAAGGAACGACACGCUGACCCCCUUGCCCCUGGCCCACCAGCAGCCUCCUGCUGUCCCAGCUGGACUGAGUAGAACCCAGUGCCUGGGUCAAGGUGGGCAUCUCCUGGGGACCAGCUGCCAGUAUGUGCCCGAUGUCACCCUUGUCUCCUUUCUGCUCUUCGGGGGCACUUUCCUCUCCUGCACUGUGCUCAAACACUUCAGGAGCAGCCGCUACUUCCCUGUGGGGGUGCGAAAGCUGGUGAGUGACUUUGCCGUCAUCCUGGCCACCCUCACCUCCUGCACUGUUGACACUGCUCUGGGCCUGGAGACCCCCAAGCUCCUCGUCCCCAGUGAGCUGAAGCCCACAAACCCAGCACGGGGCUGGAUCAUCUUUCCCUUUGGAGCCAACCCAUGGUGGGUCUGCCUGGUGUCCGCGGUGCCUGCCGUCCUUGUCACCAUCCUCAUUUUCAUGGACCAGCAGAUCACAGCCAUCAUCCUUAACCGCAGGGAGUACAAGCUGCAGAAAGGAGCAGGCUUUCACCUGGACCUCCUCUGUGUCUCCCUCCUGAUGGCCAUUACCUCUGCCACUGGCCUCCCCUGGUAUGUCUCGACCACCGUCAUCUCCCUGGCGCACAUGGAGAGCCUGAGGAAGGAGAGUGCAAGCUCAGCCCCUGGCGAAUACCCCAAGUUCCUGGGCAUCAGGGAGCAGAGGCUUACUGGCCUGGCUGUCUUCACUCUGACAGGGGUUUCCAUCUUCAUGGCACCCAUUCUUAAGUACAUCCCAAUGCCAGUGCUGUAUGGGGUCUUUCUGCACAUGGGGGUGGAAGCACUGAAUAGCAUUCAGCUCACAGACCGCGUACGGCUGCUCCUGAUGCCAGCCAAACACCAGCCGGACCUUGCCUACCUCCGCCAUGUGCCCCUGCGCCGGGUCCACCUCUUCACCAUCAUCCAGCUGCUGUGCCUGGCCCUGCUCUGGGUCCUCAAGUCCACCGUGGCUGCUAUUAUUUUCCCAGUGAUGCUGCUGGCGCUGGUGGGGAUCCGGAAGGGGUUGGAGCGCAUCUUCUCCCUGCAUGACCUGAGCUGGCUGGACAGCCUUCUGCCCGAAUCAACCAGGAAGGAGGCAAAGAGAGGACAACCCAGGGAGCAGGAGGAGGAAAGCAAUGGUGAGGAGGUAGGUGAUGUCCUGGGCACCACGCUCUUUUGCAGCUGUCCACGGCGUUUCUUUGGUGUGGGGGCUGAGCUUGGCCCAAGCUAA